AUGCCUUCUCUGCUAAUGCGUAAACGCUUUCAAACUAUAGCCCCCAAGCAGCCCAUCAAGCGGCUGCCGUCCUCGGUCGAGCUGCCAUCGGAUGCGACCAUCGAGGACCUCAAGAAGGCGAUUGCCCGCGAAGCCCGCUUGGGCGACCAUAACCGCGUUGGCCUCUUCGACCCGGUGACGAGCAAGACGAUCAAGGACCGCAAGGCCCGCGUCGGCGAGACGACGCACGUGCUCGUCAAAGACCUCGGUCCCCAGAUCGCUUGGAGGACUGUCUUCCUCGUCGAGUACCUGGGGCCGAUCCUGGUGCACGCCCUCGUCGUCGCCGCCCGGCCGUACCUCUACGCCGCCGGCGAUGGCCCCAUGUCCUUUUCCCAGUGGCUCAGCUUCGGCAUGAUCAUUGGCCACUUCGUCAAGCGCGAGCUCGAGACGCUCUUCGUCCACAAGUUCUCGGCCAACACUAUGCCCGCCUUCAACAUCUUCAAGAACAGCUUCUUCUACUGGGCCUUCUCCGGCCUCCUCGCCGCCGUCUCCAUCUACAGCCCUCGCUCGCUCGCGGCACGGGCCGACCUGCGCAUCCUCGACGCCGCCGGCACCGUCAUCUACUUGUUCGGCGAGAUGGGCAACGCCCUCGUCCACCUCUACCUCUCGUCGCUGCGCUCGACUGGCGGCACCGAGCGUCGGAUCCCCUCCGGCUACGGCUUCAGCCUCGUCACGUGCCCGAACUACAUGUUCGAGGUGCUCUCCUGGGUCGGCGUCAUUCUCGUGAGCCGCGACUGGGCCGUAACCCUCUUCAUCGCCAUCGGCGCCGCCCAGAUGUACGUCUGGGCCAAGGGCAAGGAGGCAGCCUAUCGCAAGGAGUUUGGCGACAAGUACAAGAAGAAGCGAUAUGUCAUGUUGCCCGGACUUUUGUAG